AAUCCACCACGCUCCCCAUUUUCCACUCAAAUCCAUCAGUUUCCCCUUUUUUUAGUCUCCAACUUCCAUUUCUCUUGUCGGUGUUGAUAUCAUAAAUACCAAAAUGGCAUGUUCUGAAGAAACAUCAGCCCAGUUAGAACUUAUCAGGCAACAUCUCUUUACUGAUUUUGCUUCCAUGGAAACUCCACCACCCUUCUAUCAACUCUCAAAUUCCGAGUCAUCUCAUGUUUAUAGCCCGACCCGGUUAAAACAAUCGAGUCUCAGCCAACGUCGUCCUUCUAUUAACGUUAUGAUCCCACCCACAAGUUUUAACAUAGGCCCAAACCCGGUUCCAGAUUCGGCUGCGGUGGCGGUUGAAUCAUACGAGAAAAGUCAUUAUAGAGGUGUCAGAAGACGACCAUGGGGGAAGUUUGCGGCUGAAAUUAGAGACCCUAACAAGAAAGGGGCAAGGGUUUGGCUUGGAACAUUUGACACCGCCAUAGAAGCGGCAAAAGCAUAUGAUAGAGCUGCCUUUAAGCUACGCGGUAGCAAAGCUAUACUGAAUUUUCCUCAUGAAGCUGGAAAAUCAAAUUUCUCAGAGUCAGGGAAAAGGAGGAGAAAUGAAGAGGAAGGAGAAGGAGAAAAGAGAGUGAGCCUGUUGGAGUCCAAAGCAGGGAGAAGAGAGGAGGAGGUAACGGUGGCAGAAUGUGGAACGCCGUCGAAUCAGACGGGGAUCGGGGAUAAUGAAGAUAUAAAUGAAAUAUUCGGCGGCCCACUCUUAUCACCCUUAUCAUCGUUUCCAUGGUUCGGGUAUUCCAGGCUUGAGGUUAUGUAAAAGCUUAGCAAGGAAUGUGGCUGUGUUUACUUUUUAAGUGUUUAGUAAUGAGUAGGGAUGGGAUGCCUAAAGCCUAAGCAUUUUCAGAUCAAAUUGCAUUUGUUCUUUCUUCUGUUUACUUAAUAAAUAAAAUUGUCUUCUCCUCUUCUUUGCC